GGAACAUUUAGUCCUGACGAAGGGUCUCGGCCUGAAACGUCGACUGCGCCUCUUCCUAGAGAUGCUGCCUGUCCUGCUGCGUUCACCAGCAACUUUGAUGUGUGUUGCUUGAAUUUCCAGCAUCUGCAGAAUUCCUGUUGUUUGGAACAUUUCCAGCUAGCAGCACGGCCGAUGAAAACAGUAGGACAGUGACUGUGUCAGUGGAUUCAACUACUGUCUGUCUGUCUGUCUGUAUCUUGUUUUACGGCGGUUAGGGAACGGGGCUGGCGGAGUUAACCCGGAAUUGAUCGUCUGGCCAGGACGCACGUUGUGUGCGGAGCUGGGUCCCUGUAGUACCAUGCAAGCCCUAUAGCUGGCAAUGGCUGCAGCCACCGUCGGCAUUAGAGCAGCCGUCUUCCUCGGGGUCUCGUCUCGUCCUGUUUCCAGCAGAGCGGUGGGUGGGCGCUCGCCGCUCACACGCCCCCUUUGUCUCUGCGAUCCUCCGGCGUCCGGAGCCGCCGCUUCCCGGCGCAGACUUCGUCCAGCGGCGAUGACCACCGAAGCGGAGCGGUCGCGGUUCCUAUCCAGCGCUGGCUCGGCCGGGGGACCGGCAGUUACCAGGAUAUCGGUGGAAGGAAACAUCGCUGUCGGAAAAUCCACAUUCGCGAGAUUGUUGCAGCAGGUGAAUGACGACCAAUGGGAGGUGGUUCCGGAGCCUAUAGCCAAGUGGUGUAAUAUCUCCACGACCAGCAGCAACAAGGAAACGGCUGGGCAGAAGAGCGUCGGCAACCUGCUUCAGAUGCUGUAUCAGGAUCCCCAGCGAUGGUCCUACACCUUCCAGUCACAUUCCUGCAUGAGCCGCAUCAAGACCCAUCUGGCACCGUUGUCGCCCAGGCUCCUGAGGGCAACGGAGCCCGUGCAGAUAUUUGAGCGAUCCGUCUACAGUGACAGGUAUGUAUUUGCUUCCAGUCUUUAUGAACUGGGUUGCUUAAAUGCAACGGAAUGGGCUGUCUAUCAGGACUGGCAUACUUUUCUCCUCAAUCAGUUUGGUGUUCGAAUUGCUCUGGAAGGAAUCAUCUAUCUUCGGGCAUCCCCUGAGAAAUGUUUAGAAAGGCUUCAGCAAAGGGGGAGAGCUGAAGAGAAGAACGUCCAGCUGGAUUACCUGGAGAAGCUCCAUUCUCAGCAUGAGAACUGGCUGGUGAACAAGUCCACUGAACUCCACUUUGAUCAUCUGAAGACCGUUCCAGUGUUGGUGUUGGAUGUUAAUGAGGAGUUUGAGAAUGAUAAAACACGACAAGAAGCGCUUCUGAAACAGGUAAAGGACUUUGCGAGUACACUAAAGCUGGGAAAUUGAAACACGCUGUGCAUUCUUUGCAGCAAUGUCGCUCAGGCCAAGAAAAGAUUUAGUUACCGUGUUGGUGCACAGCUGGGGAGAGGCACCUCUGUCUGGGAAAAGGCCGUGCGGGAGUAGAUUCUUGCAAGUCACCAAUAGCACCUUCUACGGAAACCGGACAGUAACAAUUUCACAGUGGUUCACAAGAUCACUGACAACCCUGUUACAUUAUUUGAUACGUUUUGUUUCUGAUUUUCUCAUCUAUCGUUACAUUUUGGCUGGCAGGGCAAGAGGUGAAGAAAAUAUUUAAACUGUGCAUUUUCCCUUAUCCAGCCCUUUCCACGACAUACUUAGAACAGUUUGGUAGAGUUGCCAUAGAAAUCCAUAAAUGGAUAAAACAAGAAGUAACUGGGGUUGAUGUUUUCUAAUAUUUAUAAUACUUUCCUAAUGGUCUGUACAUCAAUUUUGAGUUAACAUCAUUUAAUAGUUCCUCUUAGCUCUUUAUCCUUUUUUUCCCUCUCCAAUUUACAGUGUUAAAGCAGUAAAGGCUAUGAGGAUCCACUCCAUUCAAUGCAAUUUGCAUUCUCAAGAUCUCGUUAUAUUUAAUUUAUAAUUGCUGCCGGCAGGAACCUCAGUAAUCCACAAGUGACCUUCAUAACGUUCCUUUGUAUCGUACCUCAGGACCUGCACCAGAGCCUGUCUAGUGUCCCCUCCCCAUUCUACCUUGUAUCCUUAAGCCCUGCACACACGCGGAGCUCAAUCUCCAGCGUGGAUGUUAACCGAUACCAGCAGACGUGUAACGUAUCAGUAUUGUCCUUAUCAAGACCCCUUUGUAGUAGCCCUUAACGUUCCGUUUUGUUGUAGUGAUGUGCAUUCCAUUCCUCUUUAAAGAAGAAUGUGUAUCAUACAGUCUUUUCUUGGCGAUUGGUUGCAUGUUGUGCUGUGUAGUGUUACAGAUGGCUGUUUAGAAUGUGCUUUGAGCACAGAGGUCAGAUUAGAUAAACUGUAAGUAGACUAGAAAAUACUACUGAAUUAAGCAAAAGUAUAGAUCAUCAUGUCCUGCUUUGUAACUAUCUCCAAGAAUGACAAUAAACUUUCUAUGAUUAACCCAUUGUGCAGAUUCACAA